GGUGAAACUGUGGUUGUACCAUUCGUAAGCACGGUCCGUGUUGAUAAAAAAUUAAUUGCAUCGUUCUGAUCUAAGAUGAUAAAUAUGGCGCUAUCACGAGCGCCUGGCAGGAACACGCGUGACCGUCCUCCCCGGUGUUUGCGAUUACGUACCGAACGAUAACAUUGUACUUAGUUUUUGCAUGAGCUGACAAAAAAAGCUAAAAGACUAUCUUUUUCUCGAUUGCCCGUUCGCCACAAAACCGCAAAACUGGUUGUUGUUUGGAUGAAUCAUACAAUAAUAUCGAUGAUGGCAUGAAAACAAGCUCUCUAACAUCGGUAAACAGCGCUAGCGCAUAACUUUUUAUUUUCUUCUGGUGUGCAUUUGCUGCUCGCUUACAGGGCGAACGGAGCUGCUGCCAACACCUUAAUUCCUGGAUAAUUUCAAGGUUAUUUACCCAUCCCGCCCCACGCUCUCCCAAUCGAGUGCCAUUCUCUUUCUCUUGUGCUGCCCCUUUUUCCGGGAGCCAGUGGAAAAUUACUUGGAAAACGAGAGUCCUUGCAUGCGCGUGUAACGAAAGGUUACCGGCAGGCUAGCUAGUAGAGGUGGUGGUGUUGGGACCAGGGCCUGGCUUAGGUGAUGGUGGCUACGUGUAAUGUUUUGAUUUUCUCGCACCAGUGUCACACCCCCCAAAAAAGGAACGAGGUGGCGAGCGGCGACAGUGAUGAUGCGAUGGUGAUGAUGCAAGCAACCAAUUCACCACCCACCGAACGGAACCGACCCAUCCACCCAAAAUUGUCAAGGUCGAUGUUCCGGAGAGUGCGUUACAUGGGCGACUCCCAAUUGGACGCCUUUCAUCAUAGCAAGCAGCAGCGGUGCAACUGAGCAACGGAGUAGGCUGUGGAAGAUUUGUUUUUCGUUGUCAUUGCACAGUGCGGGUUGUCGCGGUUUUGAUUCAAGUGUGAAGAAAUUGUGAAUUAAUUGUGUUUUCGGUAAUAUUUUCUGUGAGAAUAAGAGUUUUUAAAAGUUCGCUGUUAUCAUGAAAGAAGAGUGGGGUAUCUGUGGAACUGCUGGAGUGUGUGCGGGUUGAAAAUACCGGCAGAUAAUUAGAAACGAGGCAAUUAGUGGACCCGACGACGACCAAUUUGAAGGUCACUCUUCUGUUCGCCUGAGGUGUGUACCAGCGCAGUGAAAAGCGACUGAGUUAUCGCACCCUGUGUCUCUACGUGCGUGAGUGCGUGCGUUUGUGUGUGUGCGCGCGCGUGUCUCUAGGUGCGAGGGUGCAUUUGUUGAGCAGUAGUAGCCUCUUGCGGCGUGGUAGGAAACGGAUAAUCAAACCCCCCACCCCACCCCCUCCGAAGGCUAAAAGCCGCAGCAAAAUUUCAAACUGGCGGGAAACUCACGAGGGCUCUGGCAGCUGAAGCAGGAGGCGAUGGACAAUAUGGUCGAGGAGAACGGAUCCUCCUCGCUCGACCCACUGGCCAAUACGGAGCAGCACAAUAGCAGUUCCAGCUCAGGCGGCGGACCCGGUCCGGCCAACAGUGCCGCCAGCUCAGAAAGUAUCAACUCGCCCGCAAACGUACAAAUCCUGCCGGCAUCGCAAACCACGGGCGGCGGCGUACAGGCACAUUCAGUGAUACAACAGAACCAGCAGUCGGUCAUACAGACGGCGGCCGGUCAGAUACCGACGUUACCCCGAGGCGUAUUAUUAGUGUGUAACAAACCCAACUCAGUAAUUCACACCACGCAAGGCAGUUUGCAGGCUAUACAGAUUAAACCAGAGCCGAACGUCGGCAGCGGUGGCAGUAUAAUGACCGACACCAACAGCGACGACACAUUGUCGGACGACGAGACGCCCAAAAAGCGAAGAGAUUUACUAACCCGCCGACCAUCCUAUCGUAAGAUUCUGAGCGACCUCGGCGGAGCGGAAAUUGCAAAUGCCCAAUGCCCAGACGGCCCAGGACUGCAUGCGAUAGCAGCAACCGGCGGUGGCGUAGUGCAAUAUACCCAGGCCCAGGAUGGUCAAAUUUACGUACCUCAUCUCUUUCCCAAUGCAGUAAUGGGCGGAAAUGUGCAGCUGGAGGAUCAGUCUCGCAAGCGGGAGAUGCGCCUGCAGAAGAAUCGGGAAGCGGCCCGCGAAUGCCGACGCAAGAAGAAGGAAUACAUCAAGUGCCUGGAGAAUCGAGUGGCCGUGCUGGAAAAUCAGAACAAGGCCCUGAUCGAGGAGCUGAAAUCGCUGAAAGAGCUCUACUGCCAGCAGAAGAACGAUUGAGGACAGUUCGCGGAUGACGACAAACCUGCCACUUCUGCUAUUAUUGUUGUUGUUGCUUCUGCCGACCGGGGGGCCUCUCCCGGUCCCUCGAGGUAGAGACACACCACCAUCGAAUAGGAUUAUGUCAGUCUAAUUAGUACCAAGCAGAGUUUUUGGUAGUGAGAGAAACAGAGCAGAGAAGGGGGAGUGGGGGAAUUUUCUCCCCCGUUUGUUCCCCAUCCGGGACAGUACACACAUUUUAAGAUCCAUCCAAGAAACAUAUACAUAAACAAAAUACACAGACACAGGAAGGAAACCACGUAUUUUUCAAAAGGACCCUUCCGGUUCGACCGCCAUAAGAGACAGUGUGGGAGAGAGGAACGUGUCUUAGCUCACGGCAGUAGGCUAUGCAAUGCGGUGUUUUUUUAGUCUCCGGGAUACGAGGAAGGGGUCUCCAAACGAGUGUCCAUGUUUCUAUUCUUUAUUUUUCUGUUGGUAGGCUUAGGAAGAAAACAUAUUCUUGUACAGUGGAUUAAAAUAACAAUUAAAAAAAACAAUGUUUGUUGUAUUUCUUUAUAGUUGUACAGAGAUAGAUGGCGCUGUAGUAGCUCUUUGAGCGUUGAGUGGCGCCAUCCAAAAUUUUUUUGGAUGAAUUAAUAAAUGUGGAGAAGAAGAUUAGCUAGCCAAUAGUGCAGCAGUCAUAUAUUCGAUGUGUUUGAUCAUUUUUGUGCAAAGGUCAACAAAUUUGGUGAUCAUCGGACGAUAAAAAAAAACAAGCGAGUAACACUUCAAAGCUUUGUCUGUUUUCUGUUUUUGAAAAAGAUUACCUAGAACGAAGAAAAAUACGAGCACACAUUGUUGCAUUGUAAAGUAAACUUUAAAGAAGCAAGUAGGGGUGGAAAUUUAGCGAGGAAAAACACUUAGUAAAAAGUAAAUCCUAUUGAUAAAGAAUGCUGCUAAUGGCAGUACUGUACAUUUAGAGAAAACAAGAGGAAGAGAUCUAAUUUAAGAGGAAACCAUUUUUACUUAUACACAAGAAUACCUAUAUAUUAAAUGUAACGACGUAAGAAGCAAGUGAAGUAAAACACUCUAGGAAGAGAAUUUUUACUAUGAAACUAAACUGAAUUGAGAACGGCUUUACGAAUGUGGUAGAAGUACGAAGGUAUCGAAAAAUCUUGAUCUUUAAGAUUCUGUUUAUUUUUCUCUGCAUGGUAUUCAAAUCAAUCUAGCAGCAUUUGCGCUGCUCUUGGGUUUAACGGUUCAGAUCUGGAAACUGUGCCUCUCAAAAUUAAAGAGAGAGAGAGAGUAGAGCACCUUUUUGGAACAGUCGUACCAAAAUACCAGGCAGAAGAUGUAACAGAAAAUAAUACAAUUAUUUGACGUCAAGUAGCUAAAUUCCAACAAACAAAGGAAGAAACUGUUAAUUAAAGAAGAAAAAAUAAAUUCAUGAAAAAACAAA